AUGAUUCUUCAUGUACGGAACUUUCAUAAGAGGAGUUAUGCUGACAACGCGGACGCACCUUUUUUUCGAGGGGUCACCGAAAAUGACGUCACAAUGGCAGAAAAGCAAAAUAAUAAAAAACAGAAAACACUGCUAUGGUUUAGUGGCGCCAUAACUCCAAGUUUCGACAAAACUGCUUUUUUCGAAAUGUCGAAAGUAGAGCACAACCUCAACGCUUCGCUUAUGAGGCGUGCAAUAUAA